AUGUCCCUCGAUCCGCCUACCUAUCUGGCAUCGUUGCAGAGCAACAUCCGCCAGCGACCUAUUCCCUGGGAUGGAGCCGUUAGAGCCGGAACCCUGACCGAAACCCAGCUUGGCAUGGUCCGCGCUGUCGACAAGGCUAAGAAGCCAGAGCAGCGACAAGAGAUUGUCGAAGCUAGCCUUUCGGGAUAUACAGCUCUUUUCGUCGGCGGCGAUGGACAGACCAGCAUUUUUGAGUCUGCUGCCAAGCACCCCAAUGUAGUUCAGUACAUUCUUGUUCUACUGUCAGAUUUGCUCGAGUCUGUUCCGAGUCUAUCCAAAGCAUUCUUCAACAACAAAGAUCCGUACAAGCAGCUGCUACCCCUCCUUCUCUCGACAACGACCGAAGACCCAAUCGCGCUCUUGACGGCGCAUGCCUUGACGACGCUCAUGUCCUCUGCUCGCGACGAAUCUGCCGCUACUACACGCGCUCUGCCUGUCAUCUUCACAUACCUGUCUGGUCUUGCAAAGAGCACCGACGCUGGCUUGCAAGAUAUUGCCGUGCAAGAGUACUCUGCGCUGCUCUUUGGCAAGAUUGCACGAGAGCAGUUUUGGCAGCAAGCAAGUGAGACCAUGGGCCCUUUGAUCGAUAUCCUUCAUGCUGCUGCUGGCAUUAAUGGCGGAAACUCGUCUGCCAGCCUCUGGAGCGGCAACUCUAGCAGCCGCAAUAACGGAUUCGAGGGCUCGCUAGGUGGCGGUGUUGGCCUCCAGCUGCUUUACCAUGUUCUGCUUGUUAUGUGGCAAAUGAGCUUCGAGGCUGAAGAGAUUGGCGAUGAUCUUAAUGAAGCCUACGAUAUUAUCCUCCUCUACACCCAUCUCCUUCGACUCUCGCCCAAGGAAAAGACGAGCCGUCUGAUCUUGUCUACUCUUUACAACCUCCUAGAAAAGAACCAGAGAACACUACUUCCUACAGCAGUACUGGCCCGACUCCCUAGCUUACUUGAAAACCUCAACAGCCGCCAUCUUACUGAUGCCGACCUACUCGAAGAUCUGGAGAACCUCAAGGAGCUGUUGGAGGAAUACACCAAGACUAAGACAACCUUUGAUGAGUAUGUUGCCGAAGUCAACUCUGGCCAUCUCCGAUGGUCGCCCCCUCACCGAAGCGAAGUCUUUUGGGCCGAGAAUGCCCGCAAAAUCCUCGAAUAUCAAAAUGGUGAGAUCCCCAGACAACUGGCCGCCAUUAUGGAGAAGCCCUGGGAUAACGACAAGCAGGUGCUUGCCAUUGCCUGCAACGAUAUCGGCUGCCUAGUCAAGGAAGUCCCCGAGAAGCGAUCGCAGCUUGAAAAGGCGGGCCUGAAGUUGAAGGUGAUGGAGUUGAUGCAAUCAGAAGACGAAAAUGUCCGCUGGGAGAGCUUGCGUGCUCUGGGUGGGUGGCUCAAGUACAGCUUUGAGUCGCAAUAA